UCUUGCCGCUACAUGCUGCAGAAACAUCGGUCGGAGAGCCAGAGCUGAGAGCCCCACGCAUAACAAACACACAGACAUAGACACACACACACACACACACAAGCUCAACUUCUUCUUGUGUUUACGUCUCUCUCACUCUCUCCUCGACGACGCUUGCUCUGUUUUGCUCGCGAACACAUCGGAGCGGGGCUUUGUUUAUCCUUCCCCCUCCACCACAUUCAUAAUAAUAGUAAUAAUAAUAAUACCCGAGCAGAGCAGCAGCACAAGUCUGGCAGCUGUAUCUGUGUGUGAGUGCGCGCGUUUCUCUCUCACUCUUUAUCGCAUACUUUACGUGCGCUGCAGUAUACCUACCACGGCAGUAGUAGUGUUAUUGUGUGCUAGCCAGAGGCACAGGCUGCAGCAGCGAAUUGCGCAACAUACACAGACACCUAUAUACACUACAUUCAGGUGUUAGUAAAGAGCAGCAGCAUCGCACGGCCAAAACAAUCGACGACGCAUCGCGUGUAAACAAAUUGUCGUUGUUUUCGUCUCCCAUCCGUGUGUCUCUGUGUGUACGGCGGCGGCUCUGUUUAUUAUGUGCAGCGCCCGUCAAUCGCGCCAGUCGAAGUGAGAAUUCGUCGCAUCGAGGACGUGCGCUCACGAUUCGAGAUUGAUCAUCAUCAUCAUCACAAUCGUCGUCAUUGUAGCUAGAGCUGCGCUCCGUUGUACCGCACUGAGCCGUGAGAGAAAGAGAGGAACUUCUCUCGCGUUCGUGUGUGUAUGUGAGUGGUAGUGGUGGUGGUGGUGGUGGUGGUAGUGGCGAUAGUGAGUGUGCGUGUCUGGCGCUCGUAGCUCGAAAGAGAGAGAGAGAGAAAGAGAGAUAUCGCCAUUGAAGCUGGCACUGCACACAUAUACACUGACUCACGGGCGGGAGUAAUACUACGUACGACAGCGCACUGGUGUCGUCCAAGCGUACGCGACGUAAACACACCAGUACUACUACAGCCGCCGCUGUGACUACUACUCAGUCCACCAACUACUACUACGCUUACGCGCGUCGCAGUAUUCCAUAAUAACAACACAAGAAGUAAUUAUGCCGAGUGCUGACGAGUCCAACAGCAGCCCUUCGUACUUGAUCGAGGUGAUGCCCGCCGAGGUGACGAGCUAUCAUCGCCAGACGACACAGUCGACACAGACGUUCAACUCCAGAGACGUCGACUGCCUCGUGACGAGGCUCAAGAAGAAUCUCAGGCUGAGCAAUCAGCAGCAGCAGCUCAAGUCGUCGCGCCCGAGCAUGCAGCAGAGGCUACGUCGCCCGACGCCCUACAGACUGCCCACCAGCAGAUGCCCGAGCGAGCCGCCGAGCUUCUCGCGCUACCGGCAGCGGGUGCUCGACGUACGUCACGUCGAGGACUCGCUCGACUCGUUCGAGCACUUUCAAAGUCUGCUGCGCCAGGGCGCGCUCAUCAAGGAGGCUGUGAAGAGGCUGCGCUCCAGCAACGACGAGCUCUCGUCGACGGGCAUCAUGGGCCUCGACGACGAGCGCGAGGACGACGAAGGCGCCAGCGUCAAGUGCUUUCUCGGAGCGAGCAUCUGCAACAGCACGACGACCAUCGGUUCGAGCAGUCCCAACAGCAGCGACAACGACGACGAGGACUGCUGCCAAGACGACGAGGUAACCGGACUCAUGUGUUUGAUGUAAGAGAGGAGCAUCCACAGGCGGAGUUCGUCUUCGACCAGCGACCGACAUCAUCGUCUACGACUUACAUAUUAUGUGUGCGCGAUGUGCGAGUGCGAUGAUUGUUUGUGUGUAUACACGGUGCUUGCAUAGUGUGUGUGCAAUAGAGCGCGCGGCGCUGCAAAGCUCAUACGGACACACAUACACAUUGUGGCAAAAAAGAAAGUGUCGCGUUCUCUGUGUGCUUACGCUCAGCGAAAUUGUGCAGCUGAUCCGUGUAUGUGUGCGAAUGUUUGUGCGAGUGUAUACACGAAGUGUGCAAAGGACACUGCGCGCGCGUGAUUGAUGUUAUUCUCUCUCUCUCACUGCGAGAGAGUCGUCGUUUCUCUGUGUGUUGCAGUGCAUGUGCGAGUGUGUGUUGUGUGCGAGCAGCAAAACUUCCACACAGACGCAUUACUCCGACAUAUCGUGUAUACGGCCAUCGCAUGCGCGUACACAUGAAAACGUAUACUUUACACACGUACCGUGUGUUAUUGCAACGCGUGUAUAUGUGCAUCCAUACGAGCGGCCUCCCCGUGUCUGCGUUCUUCGCAGCGCAUUCGUACACACAAACACGCACACUCGCGCGCACUCUUUGGCACUUUUCGUUUACAAUACGCAUUGUGUUAUAUUAGUCAUCUCUCUUUGAAAAAGAAAAAAAAUAUAAAUUAAAAGAAGGAAAAACUGUGCGUUAUCAUCUCUCGACGAUAAUAAUGAUGUCGUUGUCGUCGCGCCGAGAGGAUCUUCUCCUCGUUGUAAAUUCUAAAUAUAAACAAACGUAAGAAUUUUCAUCAAAAAUUAAACGGUCUGUGUGUAUAACUUCAAGGCGCUUCGCUCGCUUGGCGCUUGUUCCGCGACAGCCCGCGAGUCGUGUUGACAAACAAAAGAGGAGCGCGGAGCUGGAACGUUCGAUAAGGAGCUCUAUAUAUACAAUGCGUCGUCGUCCUUUUCAUACGUGAAAUCGACUUUUUCAUUAAAUACAUAAAAAAAAUAUAAUUGUCUCGAAUUACAAAAAAAAAUUGUUUGAUCAUGCUAUUACGAUUGCGUAGUUUCGAGACAUCACAAAUGGCGUUAGUCUUCUCUCGAUGUUGUGUUGUAAAAAGUAAGAAAAACACACACAAACACAAAACUUAAAACUCUGAUUCAGUGUAUUAUUACCAUCGAAAUAAUAAUGAUAGAUAGAAAUUUAUUUAAUAAAAAUAACAAAAAAAGGAAACCGCGAAAUGAAAUUUCUGCUUCGUUUUACAAGUUUUAUUGUAAUUGUCAGUAGUUGUCGCACGAAACAUUUUUUCUUUUUUAUUGUACUAUUUCGCUCCACAAAAUAAGGUAACGGUCAUUAUCUGUACAAAUAAAUGAGUGAUGUACGAUGUACAAAAAGAAGAAGAAAAAAAUUUAAUAACUAAGGCGAGGCACAUAAACAUACAAACACACACACAAACAAGUUUGACGCGAUCAGAGCGUAUCGAUGUGUGUCUCCUCUAUAUUGAUAAUAUAAUAGUGCGGUAUAUUCUAACGUGUACUACGGUGCAUUUAUCAAUGUGGCUAAGUUCAAAUAAUCUCACGUUUGGUGCAAAUCGCGAAUGAAUGAAUCUGAAUGUAUGGAUGAGGGAAAUGUUUAGGAUUUUUCAAUUACUAUUUUAUUUUUCAUUAGGUAUUUCGAAUUGUAAAGAAUUUGUAAAAUUUACUAGGGAACGACCGAACACGACUGGUGUUAUAUUUUGGGUAAUCGAUUAUCGUUAAGAUGUGUUUACAUAUAUUACGAAUGUUUAUUAUGUAUUAACAUGCUUAAUGCGAGCGUUGGGCGUCGGGUCGAUCCCUGGCGAGUGUUCGACAGAGUCGUUAUAUUACGUAACAAUUCCUAUUCACGUCUUUUUUUUCUCCAUAUAUAUUAUAUGAAGAUAAUGCAUAUUGUGAUCACGAGAGAGAAAAAAAGAAGAAGAUACAAAACAAACAAGUGCUUCUCUACUAUUAUUUCAUAAUUUAAAUUUAAUCAGCGUUCAGUUAUUAUUCGUCAUUCAUAAUAAUUUUCUUUAAUGUUAUGGUAGAUAGCGAGUUUUAUAAAAAAGUGUAAUAUAUCCUAUUGAUUGGUCAUCCGGCGUCGUGCAUAGGAUCGAGCCUAUGCGCUACAGUAGGUUAUAUUAUUGUAAAUAUUGAUGAUAUAUGUAAUAGUCGAAGUUGUUAUAAAAAAUGUAUAAUGAUUAAAAAGAAAAUCACACCCUAAACGGUUAUAAUCUGUACACACAUCUGUGAAGCUUCUUUAAAAAAAACCGACAAGUAUUAAAAAAAAACAAAAAAAAACAAAAAGUUGCAAAUCGAAUAUCAACAUAUGUAAUAACUUUACCUAGGAUCUUUUUUAAUUUACUUAUUAAAUGAAAAACAAAUUGAGUUAAAAAAA